AUGGACAAACAAAUCGAAUCCAUCAAGGAUAAACUUGACGAGUGCGGUGCCGUCACAGAGGAGCAUGCUGGCAUGAGCAUGGCCCUGGAGCCAUACGGUCCCUCUGGUUUCCGCGGUCUCUUCUCUUCUCCCUACGUCGCAGCAUGCGCCGCCUUCUCAGCCAUUGGCGGCCUGUUGUUCGGCUAUGACCAAGGCGUGAUUUCCGUGACGCUUGUCAUGGACCAUUUCCUCGAACGGUUUCCAGAAGUUUCGGACGAUGCCCCAGGCGCAGGCUUCAAAAAGGGCCUCAUGACUGCCAUGAUUACGCUUGGGGCAUUCAUUGGUGCUAUCAACCAGGGAUGGAUUGCUGACUGGAUAUCGAGAAAGCGUUCGCUCAUGGUUGCUGUUGUAAUCUUUACAGUUGGGUCGACGCUUCAGACUGCGGCUAUCAACUAUGCCAUGCUUGUGGUAGGUCGCUUUAUCGGUGGUAUUGGCAUUGGACAGUUGUCCAUGGUGGUUCCCCUGUACAUUUCUGAGAUUUCACCUCCCGAAAUCCGCGGCUCUCUUCUUGUUUUCGAACAACUCUCCAUUGUCAUUGGUAUCGUGGUCGCGUUUUGGAUCACUUACGGCACAAAGGGAAUCUCCAACCAUUGGUCCUGGCAGCUACCCUUUCUUCUUCAAAUUCUCCCCGGUCUACUGUUAGGUUUCGGUGCUAUUUUUCUACCAUAUUCUCCUCGUUGGCUAGCUUCCAAAGAUCGCGAAGAAGAAGCCUUGCUCAACCUCGCCAAAUUACGUGCUCUGCCCGAGUCGGACCCCCGAGUUCAGCGAGAAAUUCUCGACAUUAUUGCCGAGGCUCGAUUCCAAGCAAGUGCUCUCCGAGAGCGUCACCCAAAUCUCACCCAAAGAACAGAUUUAGGCGGAAAGAUUCGACUUGCGUUGUUUAGCCGGGCUGAUUGUUUCAAGCCUGGUUGCUGGCGUCGAACACUUGUCGGUGCAGGUCUCAUGUUCUUUCAGCAAUUCACUGGCAUCAACGCACUGAUCUAUUACUCUCCAACUCUGUUUGGAACUAUGGGUCUUGGCUUUGAGAUGCAACUAAUAAUGUCAGGCGUUCUCAAUGUCACCCAGUUGGUCGGCGUGUUGACAAGCUUGUGGACUAUGGAUCGUUUCGGCCGUCGAAGUAUUCUUCUUGUGGGAAGCCUCCUCAUGUUUGUCCCACACCUGAUCAUCGCUAUCUUGGUUGGUGUCUUUUCCAAAGACUGGCCGAGUCACACUGCCGAAGGCUGGACUAGCGUCGCCUUUCUACUGUGCUACAUGUUCACUUUUGGAGCUUCCUGGGGGCCUGUUCCUUGGGCCAUGCCCGCUGAAGUUUUCCCUUCGUCUCUCAGAGCGAAGGGCGUGGCAAUUUCCACUUGUUCAAACUGGAUAAACAACUUCAUCAUAGGCCUCAUCACGCCGCCUCUUGUUCGUUCAACAGGUUUCGGUGCUUACGUGUUCUUUGCGGUUUUCUGUCUCUUAUCUUUCGUCUGGGUUUGGUUCAGCGUCCCAGAGACGAACGGAAAAUCUUUGGAGGAAAUGGAUGAAGUGUUUAAUGACCGGACUGGUACUGCGGAUAUUGCCAAGAAAGAUCGCAUCAUGGCCGAUCUAUAUACUGAAAGACAGAACCGUUGA